CAGAUAGAGCGUCAUAAGAUCCACUCAUUUGUUUUUGAACGAGCCGACUCGUUCAGGAACGACACAUCACUACGUCAGAACGAGGUCAGGACAGUCCAGGAAGUAGCAAAAUGAAACGAGUUCUCUCAGUGUCUGUUUUUCUUUUUUUUUCCAAGAGACCGGAUCAUAAACCAUGUCUGGAGGAAUCCGCAGGUUAUAGUGGUAACUUUUAGGAAGAACCUCCAAAAUGAGUCUCUCUGGGGAACAGGACACCAAGAAACCUAAGAGUCUGGUUCAUUGUAAGAGACCAGACUCACCUGAGCCCAGCUGUGUGUCCAUGAAGAGUAAUGAAUCAAUGGAGCGAGGCAUAACCUUCAAGAAGGAACAAUGUUCAUCUGAACUGAGUCUCAUUCAAAGUAAGAGACCAGACUCAGCUGAGCCCAGCUGUGUGUCCAUGAAGAGUGAUGAGUCAAUGGAAAGAGGUAUAACCUUCAAAGAGGGAGAGUUCUUACCUAAGCUGAGUCUGGUUCAAGGAAAGAGACCAGACUCUCCUGAUCCCAGCUGUGUGUCCAUAAAGAGUGAUGAGUCAAUGGAGCGAGGCAUAACCUUCAAACAGGGAGAGUCUUCACCUGAACCGUGCACCCAAAAAGAGAGAGCAAAGAUCAUGAAACACUGGGAAUCCAUAUUUCAGGAAAUGGAGCAUAAAAUCAUCUCUCUGGUGAAAACUGAGCUGAAGAGGUUCAAGAAGUUACUGAGUCCAGAAUUCCCAACAUUCAUUGAGACAGAGAAAGAGGAUGAGGAAAAUCAGAACAGUAUCAGAGAGAGUGCACUGAAGAUCACACUACACGUCUUGAGGAAGAUGAACCAGACGGAUCUUGCUAACACACUACAGAUCAAACUGGCUCCUGCUUGUCAUCAAAAGCUCAAAUCUACAUUUAAAGAAAAAUUCCAGAAAAUUAAUGAAGGAAUCUCAUAUUAUGGAGGGUCAACACUUCUGAAUGAGAUCUACACAGAGCUCUACAUCACAGAAGGUGGGAGUGGAGAGGUCAAUAAUGAACAUGAGGUGAGACAGAUUGAGACAGCAUCCAGAAGGCUGGCAACUCAGGAGAGACCCAUCAACUGUAAUGACCUCUUCAAAGACACAGCCGUCAGAACUGUGCUGACUAAAGGAGUUGCUGGAAUUGGAAAAACAGUCUCUGUGCAGAAGUUCUUGCUGGACUGGGCUGAAAGAAAAGCAAAUCAGGAUAUCCUCUUCAUAUUUCCACUUCCUUUCAGGGAACUGAAUUUAAUGAAAAAGGAAAGAUUCAGUCUGGUCGAUCUUCUUUAUCGCUUCUUCACAGACACAAAAGAAUUAACAGUAAGGGAUUAUUAUCGCUACAAAAUCAUGUUCAUAUUUGAUGGUCUGGAUGAAUGUCGACUUCCUCUCGAUUUCCAGAACAAUGAGAGCUUGUUUGACAUAAAACAGUCAACCUCAGUGGAUGUGCUGCUAACAAACCUCAUCAAGGGGAAUCUGCUUCCCUCCGCUCUUCUCUGGAUCACCUCUCGACCAGCAGCAUGUGGUCAGAUCCCUCCUGAAUGUGUUAACCAGGUUACAGAGGUACGAGGAUUCAGUGACCCUCAGAAGGUGGAGUACUUCAGGAAGAGAAUAGAUAAUCAAAGGCUCGCCAAGAAAAUCAUCGCACAUAUGAAGUCAUCAAGAAGCCUCUACAUCAUGUGCCACAUUCCAGUCUUCUGCUGGAUUUCAGCCACUGUUCUAGUGAGAGUAUUUGAUGAUGCAAAGAGUGGAGAGAUCCCCAAGACUCUGACUCAAAUGUUCACACACUUCCUGAUCUUUCAGAUCAAACACGGAAACCAGAAGUACCAUGGAAAAAGUGAUGCUGAUCCUGAUCAAACCAGGAAUAUUGUUUUCACCCUAGGUAAGCUUGCUUUCCAACAGCUGGAAAAAGGCAACCUGAUCUUCUAUGAGGAAGACCUGAAAGAAUGUGGAGUUAGUGAAGUGUCUGUGUACUCAGGACUAUAUACCCAAAUCUUCAGAGAGGAGUUGGGGCUGCACCUGGGGAAGGUGUUCAGCUUUGUUCACCUGAGUGUUCAUGAGUUCCUUGCUGCUUUGUUUGCGUUUGUCUCCUUUAUCUCUGAGAACAGAAAUGUGCUAGACCAACAAACUGGAACCUCACGUUUAUCCCACGAAUCAACUAUGACUGAUUUUCUCAACUAUGCAGUGGACAGAGCUUUACAGAGUGAAAAUGGACACCUGGACCUUUUCCUCCGCUUCCUUCUAGGUCUUUCACUGAAGUCCAACCAGAAGCAAUUACGAGGCCUACUGCCGCAGACAGAGAGCAGCUCUUACAAAAAUGGAACAGUAGAUUUUAUCAAGAAGAAAAUUAAGGAGAAUCCUUCCCCAGAGAAAUCUAUUAAUUUGUUCCACUGCCUGAAUGAACUCAAUGAUCUUUCUCUAGUGCAGGAAGUUCAAAGAUAUGUAAAUAGAGGACGUAAUGGUCGUCUUUGUGAAGCUAAGCUCUCUCCCACUCAGUGGUCAGCUCUGGUGUUUGUAUUGAUGAACUCAGAAGCAGAGCUGGAUGAGUUUAACCUAAGAAAAUACGACCCAUCAGAGGAAUGUCUUCGGAAGCUGUUUCCAGUGGUCAAGACAUCCAGAAGUGCUAAUCUGCAAAGGUGUAAUCUCACAGAGGAGAGCUGUGCAGUUCUGGCUGUAGCUCUUAGAUCAAACUCCUCAGGUCUUAGAGAACUGGACUUGAGGGGCAAUAAACUGCAGGAUUCAGGAGUAAAGCUGCUCUCUGCUGCACUGCAAAAUUCACACUGUAAACUGGAGACACUGAGGUUGUGUGCCUGUAAUCUCACAGAGAAAAGCUGUGCAGCUCUGGCCUCAGUAGUCAGCUCAAAUUCUUCAAAUCUGAGACAACUAGAUCUAAGUAACAAUAAACUGCAGGAUUCAGGAGUGAAUCUAUUGUCUGCUGGACUAGAGAAUCUGCAAUGUAAACUGGAGAAACUGAGGCUGUGUGAUUGUAAUCUCAUUGAGGAAAGUUGUGCAGUUCUGGCAUCUGCACUUAACUCAAGCUCUUCAAAUCUUAGAGAGCUGGACUUGAGUAAUAACAAACUUCGGGAUUUAGGUGUGAAGAAGUUCUCUGCUGGACUGGAGAAUCCUCACUGUAAACUAAAGAAACUGAGGUUGUGCUGGUGUAAUCUCACGCAUAAAAGUUGUGCAGUGCUAGUCUCGAUCCUCACCUCAAACUAUUCAAGUCUGAGUGAACUGGACCUCAGUAAUAAUGAUCUGCAGGAUCCAGGAGUGAAGAUACUGUCUGCAGCACUGGAGAAUCCAGACUGUAAACUGGAGAUACUGAGACAGUGUGAUUGUAAUUUCACUGAGGAAGGCUGUGCAGCUCUUGCCCCAGCUCUCAGCUCAGAGAACUCAAGUCUGAGAGAGUUGGACCUGAGUGACAAUGAACUGCAGAAUUCAGGAGUGAAGCUGCUUUCUACUGGACUGGAGAAUUCACACUGUAAACUGGAGACCCUGAGGCUGUCCGCCUGCAGUAUUACAGAGGAAGGCUGUACUACUCUGGCUUCAGCUCUGAAAUUAAACCCCUCAUGCCUGAUAGAGCUGAAUCUAAACUACAGUGAACCUGGGGAGGCUGGAGUGGAGUUGCUCUCUGAUUUAUUAAAGGAUCCACACUGUAAACUUGAGAAACUACAGCUGGAAUGCUGCAGUAUUACAGAGAAAGGCUUUGUUGCUCUUGCAUCAGCUCUGAAGUCAAAUCCUUCCUAUCUGAAAGAGUUAAAUCUGGACUACAAUAAACCAGGAGAGUCAGGAGUGAAGCUGCUCUUUGAGCUACUGGAGGAUCCACUCUGUAAAUUACGGAAAUUAAAGUGA